AUUGUUUUUGUAAUAUUUCUCUAUUUUGUUUCCUUUUAAACCCCCAUUAUUUACUUUUUACUUUUUUUAAAUUGAUCUCAACACUGUACACUGCUGCUGGAAUUUUAAUUUUCCUGAAGGAACUCUCCUGAAGGAAUCAAUAAAAUACUAUCUAUCUAUCUAAUAUUGGCAAACAUCUGACGGUUGAAUUCAACCUGGUCGGUAGAAUCCCACAACAGAAGGCAGAACGUUUUUGGAAAGGAAGAGAAAGAAAAAGGAAAGGUAUCAUCUUUAGUCUGUGAAGACUGGGUGUGGUAUCUGGAAUUUAAAACCCGAAGUGGUCAUAAAAAAAUAAUGACUGAAAGGAACAUGCCUUUGUGGGAAUGUAAACUGACAAUCUUCCGAGGACGUCGUAGUCGUAAUGGUUAGGUUUGGACACCGGAGAAUAUAAAUGGGUGUAGUCAAGAAGACAUGUGUGCAUAACUUAACUGCAAAGUGGAGGAAGAAGGAGACAACAAACUGAGUCAUUAGGUCGAUAAAAAGCAUCGUACAUUCUGCUCUGGUGUGGAAGGAAUUUAAGGUUAAGGCAGGACACCCUGCACCAUUGACCAAUCAUUGGUCCCCAAGAAUGAAGGUCCUCCAAAAAGAUGAGGUGCUGAUUGCAGAAGGAAAGCUGCUAAAAUACUUACCCAAGUGUUUUCAGAUCUUUGGAGUUGUAUUUGCCUUUAACAUGAACAAACCAAAUUCCGUACAGUUCAUCGUUGAUACAUGGCCUGAUUUUAAAGUCAUCAUUUGCCGGACUGAUCCAGAGAAAAAGCAAGACAUCACAAGAAAGGUGUCACUCUUCAGCACGGAUGAGCGGAUUUUGAAGAAAAUGCUGUCAGAGGAGGAUCCAUUCGACUGGAGUUCUUGCUUUCGUCUUGGAGGUUGUGACGUUUCUCAUACCACCAUGUUGAAAGAGGUUGCAUCGAACAGAAAUGUCAACUGCAAAUGUGUGACUGUGACACACCUUCUGUAUUUGCCAGGGAGUAGUCAUCUGUUCACACCAACAUUUGACAGUCAGCUGGAAUCCAGGAUUUCAUCCCUCGAUUGUUCCCACGCUGACCUGGUAAAUCGCACAUGGAAGUUGGGUGGAACUGAACAAACCAAGGACAAUGUCACAUUCCGCAUCAGCAACUUCCCAUCAUGUUGCAUCACUGAUUACCAGGGUCGGCCUGUAUCAUGGAUGGGGAUGUAUGAAUCCUUGGCAAUAGGCAUGUUGUAUACUCAGCCGGAGCGCAGACAGAAGGGUUACGCCAAAGUGGUGGUCCAUACCAUGGCCCGCAGACUCCUUGCUGACGGCUACCCAGUGUUCUGCUACAUAGAGGAGGGCAAUCCCGUCUCUUACAAGCUUUUUAAAAGUCUGGGCUUUAUUGAGGACCCUUCAUUCAGAGCAUCAUUGUUUGAGUUCAAAGUCUGAUAUUUUUAAAAGGGAACUGCACUUUUUGGGGAAUUUUACCUAUUGUUCACAAUCACUAUGAGAGACAAAAAUACAUAAGUCAUUUUUUUGUAAGGGGGCAUUAAAGAUGUUUAAAAAAGAAA